UUCCCACUUCCCACUUCCCACGGCCCGCGCUGCCUAUUCGGAUCCCCUUUCUCUCUUUCGGUCUUCCCCCUUCCCCCCACUUUCUCCGACCCACCCGGCCGCGGCAGCGACGGUUCUCGCCUCUCGGUCUCGGGUCAGCCCCUGCUGCGACCUAAACUCUAGCGGUGCCAAAUGGGCUACCUCUCCUGCCGCGCGGACUCGUCCGUGGCGACGUGCCGCUCCAUCACGGCCAUCUCGCCGCUCCCACUCUCGCGCCGCUCGGGGUCGGGGUCGGGGGGCGGCUCGUCCAGGCCCCCGCUGCCGCCGGCGCAGGCGGCCAUCGAGCGCUUCGACUACGCGGAGCUGGAGGCGGCCACGUCCCACUUCGCGGACGCGGCGCUGCUGGGCCGGGGCAGCCACGGGGCCGUCUACAAGGCCGUGCUCCCCUCGGGCCGCGCCGUCGCCGUCAAGCGCCCCUCCCCGCGCCGCCCCGAGGUGGACAACGAGAUCCGCAUCCUCUCCUCCGUCCGGGGCCCGCGGCUCGUCAACCUCCUCGGCUUCUCUGACCCCGGCCCCGCCCCGCGCCUGCUCGUCGUCGAGUACAUGCCCAACGGCACGCUCUACGACCUGCUCCACUCCAACCCGCGCCCGCCGGGCUGGCCGCGCCGCCUGCGCCUCGCGCUCCAGACGGCCAGGGCCCUGCGCGCGCUCCACGACGCCGACCCGCCCGUCAUCCACCGCGACGUCAAGUCCGCCAACGUCCUGCUCGACGCCAACCUCGGCGCGCGCCUCGGCGACUUCGGCCUCGCCCUCCGCGUGCCCAAGGCCACCGCCGGCGCCAAUGCCGCCGCCGCCGCCGCCCCCACGCCGCCGCCCGCCGGCACGCUCGGCUACCUCGACCCGGCCUACGUCACGCCCGAGAGCCUCAGCACCAAGACAGACGUCUUCAGCUUCGGGAUCCUGCUGCUCGAGAUCAUGAGCGGCCGCAAGGCCAUCGACGUCCAGCACUCGCCGCCGUCCGUCGUCGAGUGGGCCGUCCCGCUCUUACGGAAAGGCAAGGUCGCCUCGCUGUUCGACCCGCGUGUGGCGCCGCCACGAGACCCGGUCACCCGCAAGGACCUUGCCGCGCUGGCCGCCAGCUGUGUGCGCUCCUGCAGGGAGCGGCGCCCGUCCAUGGCCGACAUCGUCCAGCGUCUCGUGCUUCUCAGCAAAGCCGUGUCGGCCAAGGUGUGGAACGGGCUCGCCGACGGGCUUGCCGUGGUAGGGAACCCUUGUGCGGUUGUUGAUGUUCAGAAGACCAUCUCCAAGCGAGGUGCUGCCAGCCGCAGGGCUGAAUCAGAGAGGGAGUCGACUUCAGCAUUGGUGUUUGACGACGAUGAAAAGGAGGAUGUAGAUGCAGAGGCCUUGGAGGAAGAUCAGGUGCCAUCCAACAAGUCACCACCCCGACCACUGAAGAACGGGAUAGUGUUUUCCGAGGCAGGGGCUCGGGAGAGGAGAAAUCUCUUGGACCUGAUGGCUCGGAUCGAUGGUGUUGCCGGCCAAAGAUUCGGCAUUACCAGAGCAAGAACAGUGCGUGCUAAUGGUGAGCUCAUCGAAAAGGAUGCAGUGUUGCUCCUAAGGAGGAACCAGACGGUAAGAGUUGUUGGAUCAGAGGCACUGCCGAAGUCUGGAAGGAUUUCUCGCUAUGAUGUGAAGAUCAAACACAAAGCAGGGGAAGAGCAAGAGGAGACAGGGAAAGCCCAAGACAAAGUAGAGAAAAUCCAAGUUAAUGCAAGCGGGAUUCAAGAAAGUUCCAAGGAAAUAUUAGGCAAGACAGAUAAAUUGUUGGAUGCACUGGAGCCAAACCUUGACAAAGAAGAGAAGGUUCAAGAAAAGGAAGAGCAACACCUCGAUGAAGUGGAUAAUGUUCAAGAGAAUGAAGGCAAAGUCCAAUGCCCGGCAGAGAAAAUCCAGGAAGGUGGAGAAGUCCAAUGCCCCCGGCAGAGAAAAUCCAGGAAAGUCGAGGAUUCUGAGACAAAGUAGAAAAGUCCAUUUGAAGAGUGAGGGGAGUUUUAAAUCCAUACAAUGUUUUUGAGGUUGGCUUAACCAACUAUCACCUGGCAGCUUACCUGGAGCCCACGAGAUACAAAUCUCAUUCCCCAUGUAUCAUCAUGGUAACUGGGAUUGUACCAGAAAUGUUCCCUGGUCUUGAUGAUUGGCUGAUACAUCCUUGAAUUAAAACCCAAGCGAUGUGAUCUGCUAUUUCGAAUGCCAGCAAUGACAACAACUCCCCCAGCUAUUGAUUGAAUCUUGGUUCUCGGGUGAUGUCCAAUGCAAUGGCUUGCUUGCGAUAUCUCCUAGCGUAGCUCUGAGAUCGAAAUCACAAAGAGCUGUAAGAUCUUCGGAUUCAAUUUAAGCAGCUAGUGAUAACUUCGCUGCUUCAAACUGAUUCAGAUGGAGCUUCAAAAUGACCACUAGUUGAGGUAGAUUGUUCCUUGUAGUAUUCUUUUGUUGAUUACUUUUCCUGCCUGCAUAAAACGAGAAGCACAAGUGUGGAAUUGUUUUGUAUGUAUGUAGGCAUGGUGGUAGCUGCAGCGGAUGUUAACUUUUGUAUAUAUCUAAGCGGCCUCUUAA